UGCCCUCGCUCUAUUUACAUACCAAAAAGUAACAUCAAGCAGUGCGACUUGUAAAAACAGGCCUUGUGUUGGAUGUGCUCUAAUUUACAAUGAACGAAUGUCUGGGAGGAGUAUGCAAAUAUAGGAGAUCGAUCAUAAGGUGUUACACUCCUCGUAUGUUCCGUUUGUGAAUCGUGUCACUGUGAUCCGAUAUUUUAAGAAUAUUGCAGAUAAAAAACAUAAUGGAAUGUAACGGAAUCGAGGGAACCUGUGGAACACAAAAACGUUCAGUAGAACCAAACAGCUAUUGAUCUAAUUAUCAUUGUUUCCGUUAUCAUUUCGUGUUGAUGAAAAGGAGGCAUUAGUAUGACUUUUAGUAUUUCCUUCAGUAACUAUGUGUUUAAUGUGUGACCAAUUAUUUAAUUUGUAGAUAUCAGUGGAUGAGAGAUACGGAAAGGCUGUGGUGCGAUUUUUUCCAUAGUGAAGUCAAGUGUUUCAGUUGAUAUCGUUCUGUCUUCAUGCUCUGCUGAACAUUUAUUUUAGUUCACACAGGUCAUUGACAUUGUAAGACAUAAUGAUAUGAGAAAUUGAUUUAUGUACCCCAGCAACAUGAUCAACCUUGAGUAAGAAUAGCCGUAUGAAGAGAAGAGAAGUUAUGAGUGGUGUCAGUUGCUGUAGCGGAGCGAGAUUGAACGGCCUCUAAAAAUUCCCCACAUAGUGGAGUCCAGGCGUGACGUCACGGAGAAACAGGAUGUAGUGGCGGAACCGAGCGUGUGCUGGCCGGGGUUUUGCCCAACCAUUUGUUUACGUGAGCGGCGCCCCCCUCGCUGCUCCCGAAUCACAACUGCCUUCCAUUCUGGUCUUGCUCUAACUUGAAAACGUCAUGAUCCAACGGAGAAAAGUUUAUCUUAAGCUAAUUAAAUGGCAAUGUAAAUUAACUUGGCAGCAGCGGUGGCAAGCCCUGGUUGUGAGUCGGACCAAUCAUUGAUCGUUGUCCUUGCGAGCGUUGUUUUUAUUGGCUAAUGUACAUCUUUGGCUUCUGUUCACCUGAGGGAUUAACCAACACCUUAUUGGAUAACUAGGAAAUGUGACAACCUUAUGGCUCCGUCUCACUUUGGAGCACCACGUAUGCAAACUCGAAGUUUGGGUUGUCUGUUGACACGUGUUGCAGCCGCGCGAUAUUCGGUUGAUUCAAAGUUAUUAUGAUCGUGCGAGCACGUGCGAGUUCCGGAGUUGAGCAGCUCCCUAAUAGUAGCCACUUCGCGGGGGGUGGUGGGGUCACAGAGGAGAUGGGGGAGAGAAGGAGAGAAUUCGAGAUCUCAAGAGGAAGUGUCGUUUAACUUAAUUUUUCCCUAAGUGUUACUGCUGAGCGCUGCUGUCAGUCAGUUGCUGGCACCAACGACGAAGGAGAGCGGAUAUUACCAGUGAUUCAAAUGCAUAUGCGAUGAUACAUACAGUUGCACCAGUAACAUGAAGGUAACAUCAGAAGUAGUGGCAUACAAAAUAUAUUUACACGAGAGGCAGUAAGGGUUCUGGAUUAAAUAAUAUACGGACUCUGAGAUUAGCACCAAAAUAGCCAUAGGAUCCCAAAGAAGACCCCGAGUGCCCUCCUCCUUGACUUGCCUGGUACUGAAGCACAGGAGGGACCAAGCCACACCCAUGGUCCAAGCGCCUUUCAGUGUUGUUAUAUCGAAUUGAGAGUCUAUCAGAGUUCAACUUUAUACCUAAGCAGCAAGUGUCACCGGUACUGCGUUAGGCGAAGUGGCAAAGUUUUGGAAACAACAGGUAUGCACGUGUGUACCUCAUAACAAUAAUGGCCAUGUAAUAUAAUUAUACAACUUAUCCUAAUCUUGAAGUUUAGAUUAUUCCUUCAACAAUGUCUUUUUGUCGUGGAUUUGAAAAGAAGAAUCAGAAGGGUACGGUUAUGGCAUCGGGUGUUCUGUGAUGUGAAAGUGCGGUGGUAACGGUGGUACGUUGAAGAGACGCAUGAAAAGAGGACAAAUAAUUGGCGAACAGGGAAAUGUGGAGUGUUAUGCCCAGCUAUGUAGUGUAACGUUGAGUGUAAACUUGGGACAUUUUCACCAGUGGAUAAUGAUGGCGUAAUCAACCAUUCAGGAUGGUUGUCAACAUUCAACAGGAUGUGGCGCCCGUGGUGGUGGGUGAGCGCGGGGUAGCGGGCGGGUGCCUACUGGCCGCUAUGUCCGGGGUGGAGGCGCCCCCUGAGGCAGCUCCGUCACCGCCGCCCUCGCCCCCCCACCCUCUGCACACACACCCUAACAAGGCACACCAUGAGCCUGCCUCCAGCGGGGAAGGUCAUGUGGCCCCGGGGGUGGAGCGCAGCCUCCGCAAGCUGGAGAACGAGGACAGCAGCUACGACAGUGACUUCGAGCCCAAUGAGUGUACUCCUGCGUCCCCACGACCCGACGAUGAUCAGCACGACGACGUGUACCGAACGGUGUCGGACACGCUCGGGGCCGAGUUCGCCGAGUAUGUUACCAUCAGCCAUGGCGCUCCCACAUCCUCGACCGUCACUCCAACUUCCACCAGUUUCACCACUGCUGCCCCCACUUCUUGUGUCACCUCCACCACCACCACCUCCACCACGCCCACCAGCCUCACUUCCACCACAGCCACGUCACCCUCAGCCUCCGUGCGCCCAGCCACAGCAUCGUCAUCGCCUACUCCCAGCACCACCACCACCGCACCCUCCGAGACCAGACCGGCGUCUCCCGCGGUGCGCUCAUCCUCAGCUUCGUCGUCCGUCUCUCCGCCCGCUGUUUCCGUUACGCCACCCGCGCCCACGCCCCAACCCAGCACAGUCAGCACCCCACCCACAGUGACGCUCACACAGCCCCCAGCAACACUUAGAACCAGUACCGUUGGCGCCCCGACUUCAGCUGUGACCACAGGCAGUGGGGCAUGUGUGUCGACCAGCUCCAGCGGCAGCAGUCAGUCGCUGGAGCAGGGCGUGUCAUGGGUGGUUCAGCGCCCCGGAUACGCCUCUCAGGUGGAAUUCGGAGUCAAGUUGGGUUAUUCGGAGGCCCUGGUGCAGCUGGCCCUAGUCAAACUCGGGGGAACGCCCGACAAGGACGAACUAUUGGCCGAACUAAUUAGGUUAGGGACAAGUACACCUCGAAGCGAGGGGGACACCGAGGCCAGUGACGACGUCACAGAUGUCAAGGAGGAGUCAGAUCAACAGCAGUCGUCUCUCAAACCCAUCAUCAUUGACGGUAGCAACGUGGCCAUGAGCCAUGGAAACAAAAAGACGUUUUCCUGCCGGGGCUUGAGAGUGUGUGUAGAGUGGUUCCGCGCCCGGGGCCACACAGGAAUCACCGUUUUCGUGCCGAAGUGGAGGAAGGAGGCACCGCGAUGGGACACGCCCAUUCAAGACCAAGAGAUCCUUCUGGAGCUCGAACGAGAGAAUGUCUUAGUGUUCACACCCUCCAGAGUGUGUGGUGGCAAGCGAAUCGUUUCAUACGAUGACCGUUACAUCCUGAACGAGGCUGUUGCUUCCAGUGGAAUUGUUGUCAGCAAUGACAAUUACCGUGAUCUGGCAGCAGAGUCGUCCCAGUUUCGACGAGUCAUAGAAGAGAGUCUACUCAUGUACUCGUGGGUUAAUGGUCGCUUUGUGCCGCCUGAUGAUCCUCUAGGACGUAAUGGUCCCACUCUUGAUGCCUUCCUGCGGAGAGGACCCGGUGGGACAGGAUCAACCAGGGACCCACGACAAGCACCGUGCCCAUAUGGCAGGAAGUGCACCUACGGCAACAAAUGCAAAUACAUGCAUCCGGAACGGGGCGCUGCACCCCUCAAGUCAGUGACGGAGCGAUUGCAAGAACAGGCACAGCGACAUUACCAGAACAAGGCCAAGACUAGAGAUUCCUCGCCAGGUGUAGAUAUCCGGGGCAAAAGUUUAUCGUUACCAGUGGGAGUCACAGAUGCAGAAGUGCCAAAGAAGCCACUGACACGCACCCAGAGUACAGUACCCCCCAUGUCUCUCACCCUGCCAUCUGCCCUCACCCAGGAAACCCCGACCCAUGAUCUGGGACCUACCAGUUCAACGUCUGUAGCCUCUCCGCACACUCACCAUCACCUCAUGACCCCACAGCACAUGGAGUCUCGUCCUCUAGACCCACUACGAUCUUCAUUAUAUAAAAGUGAGACUUCUCUGUAUCACAUGUACCCUUCACAAACUCCACAAGGCAGUUUUGGGUCCUCUCCAUGGCCAUGGAAAGGUCAAGGAGCAGAGUUACCUCUAAGAUCAAUGCCCUCUCCACAAGGAGCACCAUCUCAAAGCCAGUCUCCAGGCUAUGCAUCGCAUAUACCUGUAAGCAAGCAACUGUCAGAUCCAGAUCCUGCUGCUUCUGGGAAUCCACAUAAGAAGUUACAGCGGCAGCUUACUUUAAAUCCUACAUUUGAUUCUCGUCUGUAUAAGAUGGCUGGUUACAAGGAACCUGCCCCAGAACAUUUCCCAAUUGUGAGUCCUGUUCAGCAGCAACAGCAGCAGCAGCAACAGCAGCAACAAGAACAGCAACAACAGCAACAGCAGACUGGGAGUCAAGGGUCGCCUAGUAGGUCUAUUGGUCGAGAUGAAGCUCUUGUAUAUUCUCAAGCAGGAGCUGGGAUGACUGGGCGCAUUUCACCAGGAUAUUCCUCCCCAUAUGGUAGUCGAGAGCAACUGCAAGCUAUCCACCCUCCUCUUGCUCGUCAUUCCUCAUCACAGGAGGGUGCGAAACACAUGCCAACAUUACCACCCCAUCUCUAUCCUUCAUAUACUCAUCCCCAUGUCACACGCUUUGCCUCUGCACCAGAUCCUAUAUGGGGAGGUCAGCAGCAACAAAACACGCCUGGUCCACCACACAUCACACGUCUGAACUCUACAUCUGAUACAAGGCUGAAUGUAUAUGGCUGCAGUAGUGAAUCGCAGCUGUUUUCUGAAGUUCCAGUAUUUGAUGAUCCAAUGAGUCGCCUAACACAGUUCCACCCAGGAGGACAACACCACAAUACUAGUCCUGGACCAGGAGCUGCAUCACCAGGGCCAAUUGGCUCAAGGCCCAUGUCUCCUCAGCAUGGCAGUGUUAUGCAUCAUUCUCCAGGUGUAUCUCCAAGACAGCACAUACCAUCACAGCAGACAUCCUUAGGUUUAUCCUCUAAUUUUCCAAGCCCUAUGAGUGGAGCUGCAAGCCAUGAAGAUGUCCGGCUGCGUAUUUUCUAUCAUCUUUCCAACUUGUUCCCUGAAGCUCAGGUACGAGCAGUACUAGCCAUGUAUCCAGAGGAGACAGACCCUCAGAAAAUAUGUAGCUACAUCUUAAGUCCUAACCAUGGACCUGUGGGGUCGCGGCCUAUGUCUCCACAACAGCCAUCUCAACCUGGUGCGGGACGACAGUCACAAGGUGUUCAGGGUUCAUCUUCUCCAACAGCUGCUUUUCCAAGCUCUCUUCCUACUACAGCAUCCAGCCAUGAGGAUGCACGCUUUCGUACGUUCUACCAUUAGUUUUAAUUUUUUCAAAAAGCUCAAGUGCAUACUGACCUGGCUAUGUGUCCUAGUAAAAUUAAGGACUAGAUGUAUGCCACCUUAGUAAGGUCUGGUAAAUAUCAGUCCCCAGACUUUGCACAAAGUACCUAAAAAUUGAUGUAUUGCAUCAGGCACAUAAUUAUAGCAUAUCAUUAUAUGUAAUUUUGAAACAAACAUAUGGUUCAGUUUGCUUUAUACAAAUUGGCAAGGAAAAGGGGAAAAUCUAAGACAUUGAUGUAAUGUUUAUUAAAAAGUGUGAUGUUUAGUGAAAUAUGAAAGUAAGCGUUAGUGAGGCUGAUAGUAUUAUUGCACAUAUUGGGACAUAUACAAGUGUACAGUGAAUUAGUUCCAUUGGAACCCUAUCUAGGGCAUGAAUUGUGUCCUGGGGGAAAUGAAACAUUCUAAAUGGACAGGAGAAAGGUGAGAAGUAACUAAAUGGGUUUUCAGUAUUGGCUUGCCAAAGCUAUUGCGUUUGUGGAAGCAUUUAUUAGAGCACAUAAUGUUUUUACCUUGCCUGUGGAUAGUGACUGUGAGGUCAGUUUGACAGUAGUCAAUAUUUUACCUAGGUACUAGCACUGCAGCGAUUGCUACACUUUAGUUCAGGAUGACAAGCUUCGGUUAUGGUUUUUCUGUUCUUUUAAGUGUAAAUGGAGUGCCCUAAAGUGUCUUAUGGACAGACACAGGAACUUGGCAUGAGUCCUAUAUUUCAAUCAAAAGGUCAAUAGAUUGGCAAAUAAAUUAGUCUGUUCUCAUGUUAAUCAUAUUAAAUCAUGUAGUUUAAAAGCAGGACUCAACAGCCUAUGUUAGAGUGUGCCAUAAGCUGCAAUGGCUCCCAGUGGACAAAGCAAUGUACUAGUUGGUUAUAAUAUGCUGGUGCUAUACUGGCUAUAGUGUGAGAGGCUCGUACCACUAGUUAUAUGAAACGAUUUGCUCAGCAUCUAGAUACUGAUAGUAUUCUUAAUGAAAGAAUUGUCAGGGAAUCUUUAGAAAAGGAAUAUAGAAUGAUACUGCAACAAGAGAAAUGUUGUCCCGCAAGUACUUUGUACUUAUUAUUGACAGUGAUAAUGUUCUGGAGAGCUGCAAGACUUAGUCAUUGAGAGUAACCAAUAGGAUGAGUGAGUUGGCACAAACCUAUCAGGUGGAACAGAUUAUUUUUGUUAUGAACAUAUAAUGUUUCUAUUAUUACAUAAUAUUUGAAAAGGGUUUUGUUAUUUUGCUGCCCUUUAUCUCUCCCUUGAUGCAACAACCGUGUGUAUGUGUGUAUUGGAAGCCACCAGAAAGUGUGACAUCUGAAUAAGGUUUGCAUUUGUGAUGUGUGAUCACCUCAGGUUCGCAUGUUUAUGGAUACAUUAGAUCCAUUGGUGAAUUAGGUUGAGGUUGGUAUGUAACAAACCUUGCAGAAUCACACUUUUAAUGAUGGCUGGAGUGAAGCGUGUCAUUACAAUACUAUGUAUUGUGGGCUGUACUGGGUGUGUACCCAACCAUUGUGUGGCUGCACCCUAUUCCUGCCCUUAAGUCACCAGGCUCAGAUAGAACUACAACAUAGGUGCUGCCUCAUUGUUCAUUCUUCCAGUAGUGUGAGUGUGCCAGUAAAGUUGAGGUUUUACACCGUGUUUAGUUCUUAUCUAGUUCUCAUUGUGGCUAUGUGGUGACAUAAGGAAUGUAAUGGGUGCAGCUAGACCGCUACUUAGCGGUAACUGUGUAGCUCAUAUUGAUCUUGAGGGCCUACCACACCUCGACAUUGGCUUCUCAAUUGUUUUGAAGAGCCUUUGUAAUGUUCUACAAAUUUAAUUAAUUAUAUUUUUGCAUUAGCCCAUUAAUUGUAGUGGAAGUGCGCCACAGUUUUCAGGUAUAUAUGUAAAAGAAAGAAUUGAUGAAAAUUAUUAUUAGUGAUGGCAAUCUUUUGCACAAUAACAUAUUGGUCAUUAUUUUGGUAUUUAUUUUGUAGGUCAAUUAUGUAGUGAGGUGUAAGGCUGUUAAAUACACCUUUUUUAUGUCUAGGAGGUGGCCCUCUCUUGGCUUUUCACACUGACCUUCCUACACUCUCAAUAAAAAGAAAGUUGAA